AUGGACCUAAAUCUGGCCCAGACUCGACCAAGGCAGGCACGACCAGACUCCGUUUCUUCCAGUGCAUGGCGGGUGGCUUGGGAUGUGCUACGCCGUCAGGGGCCUCAAGGCCUGUAUCGAGGAGGUCUUCCAGUUGUUCUGGGCGGCACCAUGUUUCGCUCAGCACAGUUUGGCUUCUACGAAGCUGCCCUCGGGAGGCUGCGCAGAACAACGCCUUCAUAUAAAUUCCUGGGGUUCUUGGAUUGGCAAGUGGCAGUUGCUGGUUGCGUUGGGGGCAUUGCACGUGGCGUCAUCGAGGCUCCCUUUGAUCAAGUGAAGGUUUGCCGCCAAGUGGAGCAUUCAUGGAGUGUAAGGACACUCUUUCAGGGUUCUGGGGUUACAAUUCUGCGCAACACUGCGCUGUUCUGCUCCUUCUCGAUUUACCGUGCCUCGGAGCAUGCUGCCGGGCCCUGCCGGGCUGUCAGGAGCAGCAUCUCUUUGUUGCGGGAGGCUGCGCAGACUCACCACCUCUACCGCGGCCUGCUACCGGGCUUGGGGCGUUCUACGGUGCCGUGCUUGUUGGGAUGCUUUGCAUCCGGGAUGUGGGUAGAUAUAGAGUCAGAACAUGUCAUAACGCUGCAAAAUGAAACCUGUUUUGGUAGAAACUCAACAAGGGCGGCCAAAUUAUAUAAUUUAUAUAUAUAUACAUAUAUAUAUAUGUGUGUGUGUGAUAUAUAUAUAUAUACACGCAAUAUAAUAUAUUUAUAUAUAUAUAUAUAUACAUAA